AUCGAACGGCUCUAUUUUGUCUUUAGACCAAAAACAGCGCAAACACAACCCACUAAUCCCACAAAACAAAGCAACACACCACGUCCCUCGCUUUCUUCGAACUCUGUUUUCUGCAAAAGCUCUGAACUUUGUAAUAACUGUGCAAGUUUCAUACAAAAUCAAGCGGCUGUUUUUGCUUGGUCUGCUCAAGCAGAAGUUUUUUUUUUUACACAAAUGGGUGCUUCAGGAAAAUGGGUCAAAGCUUUUAUAGGCCUCAAAAAACCAGACAAAGACGACCAUGACAAGGUGAGUGGGAAGAGCAAGAAGUGGAAGCUAUGGAGGAAUUCUUCAGGGGAUUUCGGGUCUUCAUGGAAGGGUUUCAAAGGAAAUCACAGAGCAGCUUCUGAGGGCUCAGAUUCACCAAGGGGGACUGAUGCAUAUAAUGCUGCAGUGGCCACAGUGGUUCGAGCUCCUCCUAAAGAUUUCAGGGUUGUGAGGCAAGAAUGGGCUGCUAUCCGGAUCCAAACUGCUUUCAGAGGCUUCUUGGCAAGAAGGGCUUUGAAGGCCUUGAAAGGAAUAGUGAGGCUUCAAGCUCUGGUUCGGGGUCGACAAGUGAGGAAGCAGGCUGCUGUAACACUGAGGUGCAUGCAAGCUCUUGUUCGAGUUCAGGCCCGUGUAAGAGCUCGUCGGGUGCGAAUGUCCAUAGAGGGCCAAGCUGUGCAGAACAUGAUCAAUGAACGGCGCACCCAAGCUGAUCUGCUUAAAGAAGCUGAGGAAGGAUGGUGUGAUAGCAAGGGAACAAUAGAAGAUGUUAAAGCAAAGAUACAAAUGAGGCAAGAGGGGGCCUUCAAGAGGGAGAGAGCAAUUGCUUACGCUCUUGCUCAGAAGCAAUGGAAAUCAACCCCAGAUUCAAAUUCUCGCACCAGGUCCUCAGUGUACUCUCUCAAUAAGAAUAAUGAAUUUGACAAGAAUAGCUGGGGAUGGAGUUGGUUAGAGCGUUGGAUGUCAGCCAAGCCAUGGGAGACUAGGCUGAUGGAACAGUCCCAAAAUGACCCCUCUGAGAUCACACCACCUCCAAAGAAUUGUGCAGACCCUUUUGUGAGCAAACAUUCAAAAUCUUCAGAACCAUACUCAGUCAAAGUCAGAAGGAACAAUGUCACCACUAGGAUUUCUGCAAAGCCUCCCCACAUUGGGCAAGGUACCCGCUCGUCUUCGAGCCCAAGUUCAGAAUUUCGGUAUGAUGAGAGCUCUGCUUCAUCUUCACUCUGCACAUCCACAACACCGGUUUCGGGGAACACCGGAUUGGCUUCGGAUAGAACAGAUGACAGCAGUAACUGUAGGGUACCAAGUUACAUGAACCUGACUGAGUCAACUAAGGCAAAACAGAAAGCAAGCAGUUACCAAUCUCAGAGAAUUCAAAGGCAGUCCAUGGAUGAGUUUCAGUUUCUCAAGAGGUCUGGGGCUUUCUCUAAUGGGGAUUCUAAAAGUAGUGCUGGUUCUGAGCCAUCUUCAGUCAACUUCUCCAAACCACUUUGCAUGCCAAGCCGGUUGGAUAAGAACUCCCUGAAACUAAGGUGAAAGGGGAGGACUUGGUGUAAUAUGAUCGACCAGCUUGAUUAAGUUCGUUUGCUUGAGAAGAUCAACAUCUUGUUGUUCCCUUUUCCCUGUUAUUGAGAAUGUGUGUAAUUUAAUGCGAGAUCCUGCUAGAAUAGUGUUUCUGUACCAAGAAAAUUUGAGUCCUUGAUUUGAGGCUUCAUUUGUAAAAUAGUUCGUUUAUGAUUA